AUGACAUCUGAAAAUUCUACUCCACCUGCCACAGAAGAAAUUCGUUUACUUCUUAUCGGUCCGCCUAAAACUGGUCAAUCGUCUAUUGCAAAUAUUCUUGCUGGUUCAAAUGUUUUUCCUGUUGGCGCAUCAAGUUCAGUUGAUUCUGCAACACCAACAACGCAAUCAAGACAUUUUACUAAUAAAAAAAUUCUUGUUGGCAAACAUUUACUUAUUGUAGAUGCUCCUCCUUUAUUUAUAUUAAAAGAUUCAACAUCAAAUGAACAAGAUAUGAGACGACUUGCUAAAUGUGUGGCACUCGUUAGUCCCGGUCCACAUGCAAUUUUUCUUAUACUAAGUUGCGACGAUGCAAAAAAUGAACGAUUUGAUAUGAAACAAAUUGUAACGACUGUAUUUGGUGCCGAAGCCUUAGAUCAAUCGAUAGUUGUUUUUUCAUUUAUUGAUCGUCUGCAACGAAAAGGAAUUUCAGUUGAUGAUUGGAUAAAUAAAGAAUGUAAACAACAAGCAUUACUCGAAGCAUGUGGUCAUCGUUAUUUAGUUAUUGAUUCAUCACACAAUGAUCAAAAUAAACAUAUAGAAUUUCUCAAUCGUUCAUUAGCAAUGUUAAAUGAAUUAUGGAAACGUGAACGAAUAUUUAAAUCGAAAAUGUUUGACGACAUUGAACAAGAAAUUCAACGACAAGAAAAAAAUCGUUGGGAUUUAUUUCAAAAGAAAUAUGCGAAUAAUUUUCAUGGUUCAGAAAAAUCAUUUCGUUUACUUUUACGUGAACAUAUGCGUGAUGAAUUAGAAAGAGAACCUAUUAUAGCUGAAGCUGAUUAUCUUGUUGUUGAAAAAUAUUUACAACCUAUCAUUAAAUCAUUAUUACAAGAAGUUGCACGUUAUCUUGAAGAAGAAAUUGCUAGUACUUAA